CUGAGCGGCUAUUGACUGAAGAAACAUGCGGAAUUCCUUCCUGUGACCUCGCGUUCCAUUUUCCCGCCAGCGCCAAAGCCGGGAGCUCGGCGGCGGUGGCAGCAGCGGCAGCAGCAUGUCCCGGCAGAGAACCCUGUUCAGCUUUUUCCCCAAAUCCCCGCCGCUCAGCGCCUCCUCGGCCAAGGCGGAAGCCGAUGUGCCGCCCGCUAAAAAGGCCAACGCUUCCCCCCGGGAGAACGGGAGCGGGGUUCGGCCGCCUAAGCGGCCCCGAGGUCCCGCUGCUGGCAGCACCCGCGGCCCGCUAUCCUCCGGGGGGGAGAGGAAGGCCGGCAAGUCCGGGGGUCUGGCGGCCCAGGGGACGCCAGCACUGAGUCCAGCUUGUGACUUUGUUCCAGGAGAUCUAGUGUGGGCCAAACUGGAAGGAUAUCCAUGGUGGCCCAGUCUGGUGUAUAAUCACCCAACUGCUGACGAGUACCUCAGGGGAAAAGGGAAGUCACUUCGUAUGCAUGUCCAGUUCUUUGAUGAUCCUCCGACAAGAGGCUGGGUUAAUGUGAAGUAUAUCAAAUUGUACACCGGUUCUGAGUGUAAAGAAGCCCAGAGGGGUGGUGCCUAUUUCAGUGGGAAGCCUGAAAUCCGCAGGGCAACGGAGCUGGCAGAUGAUGCCAUUCCGAAAUCAAGAGAGAAGCGUUUGGAAUUGGCUGUGUGCAGUGAACCUUCCGAGGAUGAGGAUGAGGAAGAAGAGGAGGAGGAGGAAGAAAUGGAGGUGGGUGACCAAGCGACAGUGAGUGAGGAAGAUAAAGAAAAUAACAGCGAGGAUGAGAAAGUGAAGAAGCGUGCACCAAGGGCAACACGCUCAGCCAGUGCCAAGGCCAAAAGAAGGCGGAUUGUGGUGGAGUCUGACAGUGAUGUUGAAAGCUCGGAGGAUGAGUUUAAACCAGACCAGCAGGAGGGGAGCAGUGAUGAAUGCAGCAGUGGUGUUGACGAGAAAGAUAUCAGUGAGCCUGACACCGAGACCGACCCUGAUAGUCCAGUGAAGACGCCGUUCAAGCGCAAACGUGGAGCUACCGUUGGUCCAGCCAAACCAAAAAGCACAUCCUGUUCCCCCUCGGAAACCCAGAAGAGACCAGCAGUGGCAGUGUCCUCGAGCACAAAGUCCAGACUCUCCGCCUUUUCUGCGCCAGAGACUUUUGAGUGCCAGUCCAAUGGAGGUGCCUCGGGCAGUGCUUCACCUGCAACAACAUGGGACCAUGAGAAGCUCGAGUGGUUAAAGCCUGGCAAGAGGAAAGAUGCAAAGAGGCGAAAGGAAGAUGACCCUGACUAUGAUUUUUCCACACUUUAUGUGCCCGACGAUUUCCUGUACAAGUGUACCCCGGGCAUGCGGAGAUGGUGGGAUCUCAAAUCCCACAUGCUUGACACUGUGAUUUUCUAUAAAGUUGGCAAGUUUUACGAGCUUUACCACAUGGACGCCGUCACUGGUGUCAAUGAGCUGGGCCUGUCAUUUAUGAAAGGCGGCUGGGCUCACUCCGGUUUCCCCGAGAUUGCUUUCGGCCGCUUCUCUGACGUGCUGGUGCAGAAAGGUUACAAAGUGGCGAGGGUGGAGCAGACCGAGACCCCUGAGAUGAUGGAGGCACGCUGCAAGUCUCUGGCGCACCCCACAAAGUUUGACCGGGUUGUCCGGAGAGAAGUCUGUCGGAUAAUUACAAAGGGAACGCAGACGUACAGUGUCCUGGAUGGCAGCCCGCUGGAAAGCGGCAACAAGUAUCUCCUGUGCAUGAAGGAGAAGGUGAGCUCCGAUUCUUCAGGCCAGUGUCACUCGUAUGGAGUCUGCUUUGUCGACACGUCCGUUGGCAAGUUUUAUGUGGGUCAGUUUCAGGAUGACCGGCAUUGCUCCCGUUUCCGCACUCUGGUGGCACAUUACCCGCCCGUGCAAGUGCUGUUCGAGAGAGGCAACCCGUCGGGAGAGACGAGGAAGAUUCUGAAAGGCUGCCUCGUCUCUGCUAUGCAGGAGGGGCUGCAGUCAGCCUCCCAAUUCUGGGAUGCAACCAAAACACUAAAAGUCCUCGCCGAGGAGGGCUACUUCAGCGAAACUAAAGACAAAGAUCUGGAUGCUCCUUUGCCUCCUGUUCUCCAGCGAAUGGUAUCCGAGGCCGACUCACUGGGACUCACCCCAGGCGAAGGCCAUGAACUCGCCUUGUCAGCACUUGGGGCCUGUGUGUUCUACCUAAAGAGAUGCCUUGUUGACCAAGAGCUCUUGUCCCUGGCAAAUUUUGAAGAGUACGUUCCUGUGGAUGUUGACGUUGAGCGAACGAAGGUGUCCAGCAACUGCUUUGUCGGGAGUCGGCAGCGCUUGGUGCUAGACGCCAUUACCCUGACCAACCUGGAGAUCCUGCAAAAUGGCACCAACGGCACAACUGAGGGCACGCUGCUGGAGCAGCUGGACAACUGCUGCACCUACUUUGGCAAACGGCUACUAAAGCAGUGGCUUUGUGCCCCCCUCUGUCACCCCCUUGCCAUUGAGGACAGGUUAAACAGCAUUGAGGAUCUGAUGGCCGUGCCUGACAAGCUCACCGAGGUCGUUGAGCUGUUGAAGAAACUUCCUGACCUGGAGCGGCUGCUGAGCCGGAUCCACAGCAUUGGAUCACCCCUGAAAAGCAAAGACCACCCAGAUAGCCGGGCUGUGCUGUACGAGGAGACUACUUACAGCAAAAAGAAAAUCGCAGACUUCCUCUCUGCCCUGGAAGGCUUCAAAGUCUUCCAGGAGAUACUGCAGGUUAUUGAGCUGUCUGUUGAUGGCUUCAAGUCCAGGCUAUUAAGGCAGGUACUAAGUUUGAAGGGCAGUACCGCUGAAGGCCUCUUUCCAGAUUUGUCUGCAGAGUUGAAGAGAUGGGACACUGCCUUUGACCAUCAGAAGGCGAGGAACACUGGAAUAAUUACUCCCAAAGCAGGCUUUGACCCCGAUUACGACCAGGCGCUCGCUGACAUCAAGGAGACUGAGCGCAACCUCCAAGAGUACUUGGAAACUCAGCGCAAGCGGCUGGGCUGCCGAAGUGUUGUUUACUGGGGCUCGGCCAAAAACCGCUACCAACUGGAGGUUCCGGAAAGUAUUGCCGAUCGCCGUGUGCCGGAGGAAUACGAGCUGAAAUCUACCAAGAAGGGUUACAAACGUUACUGGACAAAACAGAUCGAGAGGCUGUUGGAGACAAUGAACAAUGCUGAAGAGAGACGGGAUGGUGCUCUUCAAGACUGUAUGAGGAGACUCUUCUACAACUUUGACAAGAAUUACAGAAACUGGCAGGCAGCUGUGGACUGCAUCGCUGUUCUUGAUGUUUUGGUGAGCCUAACACACUACAGUCAGAGCGGAGAGGGGCCAAUGUGCAGACCUGUUGUAAUUCUUGCUGAUGAGGGCACCCACCCGUUCCUGGAGCUUCGAGGCUCACGCCACCCGUGUGUCUUAAAAACCGUCUUUGGGGAUUUCAUCCCUAAUGACGUGUUCAUUGGCUGCCAGGAUGUUGAAGAAUUAGAAGAUGGUCACAGUAACACCCAGGCUUCCUGUCUGCUUGUAACGGGCCCAAAUAUGGGUGGCAAAUCUACACUCAUGAGACAGGUUGGCCUACUGGUCAUCCUGGCUCAACUGGGGUGCUACGUGCCUGCGGAAAGCUGCAAAUUUAACCCAGUUGACCGAGUGUUCACGCGUCUAGGAGCAUCUGAUAGAAUCAUGUCAGGUGAAAGCACUUUCUUUGUGGAGCUCAGCGAGACGUCCAGUAUCUUGCGACAUGCGACCCCACAUUCCCUCGUGCUUUUGGACGAAUUAGGCCGUGGUACAGCAACAUAUGACGGCACAGCAAUUGCUAGUGCGGUGGUAAAAGAGCUUGCUGAAAAUAUCAAGUGCCGCACUCUGUUUUCUACACACUACCAUUCCCUUGUGGAAGACUUCUCUCACUCCACUGCAGUCUGUUUAGGGCAUAUGGCUUGUAUGGUUGAGAAUGAAUGUGAAGAUCCAAGCCAGGAAACCAUCACAUUUCUAUAUAAAUUUAUCAAAGGAGCCUGCCCAAAGAGUUAUGGAUUUAAUGCAGCAAGACUUGCAAACAUUCCUGAGGAAAUUAUUCAAAAAGGUCACAAGAAAGCUAAAGAAUUUGAAAAGACUACCAUUUCCUUCAGACUUUUUAAGGAGAUGUGCUUUUUGGUUGAAGACCCAAAUAUUAACUUCCUCACUCUACAACCAGUACUGCAGAAGAUUGCUGAAAUCUGAACACAAUAUCAAGUGUAUGAUUUAAUUCAGAGACAUGAUUUUUGAAAUUAUGUUCUAAUAAAGUUUAUUUUAAAAUGAUAAGACUCUCUUCC